GCCCUGCCCCGAACCCGGGCGGCGGCGCUUCCUGCUGCUGGGCGAAGCCGGAGAGGGCGGCGGCUGCUGCUGCGACUUGACAAGGCGCUGCCGGGCUCGAACCCGCGACCCGCAGGCGGCAUCGGCAGCAGCAGCGACUCGCCGCCGCCGCCAUGGACAGCCAGGGCCGCCGCGUGGUGGUUUGUGACAACGGCACCGGGUUUGUAAAAUGUGGCUUUGCUGGGUCAAACUUCCCGGAGCACAUCUUCCCAGCUCUGGUGGGCCGGCCUAUCAUCCGCUCCUCCACCAAAGUUGGCAACAUUGAGAUCAAGGACCUCAUGGUGGGGGAUGAAGCCAGCGAGUUGCGCUCCAUGCUGGAGGUGAACUACCCCAUGGAGAACGGGAUCGUGCGCAACUGGGACGACAUGAAGUACUUGUGGGACUACACCUUUGGGCCCGAGAAGCUCAAUGUCGACCCCCGCAACUGCAAGAUCCUGCUUACCGAGCCCCCCAUGAACCCCACCAAGAACCGGGAGAAGAUCAUUGAGGUGAUGUUUGAGACGUACCAGUUUGAAGGAGUCUAUAUUGCUAUCCAGGCAGUGCUGACCCUCUACGCCCAAGGCCUUCUCACAGGCGUGGUGGUGGACUCCGGGGACGGUGUCACCCACAUCUGCCCAGUCUACGAGGGCUUCUCGUUGCCCCACCUCACCCGUCGGCUGGACAUAGCGGGGCGUGACAUCACACGCUACCUCAUCAAGCUCUUGUUGCUGCGUGGAUAUGCCUUUAACCACUCGGCUGACUUUGAGACAGUCAGGAUGAUGAAGGAGAAGCUGUGCUACGUCGGCUACAACAUUGAGCAGGAGCAAAAGCUAGCUCAAGAGACGACCGUGCUCGUGGAGUCCUAUACGCUUCCGGAUGGACGGGUGAUCAAAGUAGGGGGCGAGCGCUUUGAGGCCCCCGAGGCCCUGUUCCAGCCCCAUCUCAUCAACGUGGAAGGCGUUGGUGUGGCUGAGCUCCUCUUCAACACCAUCCAGGCAGCGGAUAUCGACACCCGGUCUGAGUUUUACAAACACAUUGUGCUUUCCGGGGGUUCCACCAUGUAUCCAGGACUGCCUUCCCGCCUGGAGCGUGAGAUCAAACAGCUGUACCUGGAACGGGUGCUGAAGGGGGAUGUGGAAAAGUUAUCGAAAUUCAAGAUUCGCAUUGAGGACCCUCCCCGCCGGAAGCACAUGGUCUUCUUGGGAGGGGCAGUGCUCGCAGACAUCAUGAAAGACAAGGAUACCUUUUGGCUGCAACGGUCUGAAUAUCUCGAGAAGGGGGUCCGCAUCUUGGAGAAGUUGGGGGUGACUGUGCGAUAGGACCACCCCUCUUUCCAUUCCCCUCGCCCUGAUGCAUUCCAGCCCAGUUUCUUAUUCUGUUGAGCCACCACCGUGCAGGAUGUGGGUGGGUCAGUGAAAUAUCUUUUUUUAAACAAAUACCCCAUUUGGGGAAAAUAGGAGAAGCAUUCCAAGCAUCUAGUUAUUGUCUUCCUUGCUUUCUCCCUCCCGAGUUCAUCGUCCUCAUGGAGCUUACAGGAGCAAGCCCCAUCACACAGGAAAGAGCUUCUCCCCACCCGCUCUGGGGUGGGGGAUGCACAUGUUUAGGGGCCAAAGGUCAGUAUUCUCCACCUCUUACAAGUUUCACACUCCACAUUAUCUCCUGUGCAGCACAUGCUGCAAAUGUUUGCUCAGGGAAAUCCAUCCAUUCCCAUCCUCCCUCCUUUCAUUUUAAUGGAAAGGAAGCAAGUGUCCAGACCUCAUGGCUGCGAGAUCAUAUGCUUAAGCAUGCUGUGCAUUUUCAGCUAAACAGUUCAGGGAUA